GCGGCUGCUCGGCUGACCCACACACCUCCAUUCUCUUCAUUUAGAUCUCUCACACACACACACACACACACACACACACCCUCGACUGACCACGAUCUGAGCCGAGAGCUCACUCCUGUGUCACCGUGUCAUAUUUCUGGCAUCAUCACCGAAGGUGAGAAGUUCUGCAAAGAGUGCAAGAUAGUGGAGGAAGAACGGGGUGAGGAGUGCCGGCGGGGGGCUCACUUCCUGCCGCUCACCGCUCAGUUACCCGAAAGAGGGAACUGUGAGAGAAGGAGGAUGUGGACAGAGGUGAUAGAGAGCGAGAGAGAGAGAGAGCGAGAGAGAGAGAGCGAGGAGUCGACAAAACGCAGAAGAGCUGACAGGAGAGGGGCGGACCGUCAGCUGCUGAAGAAAGAGCCGAGUCGGCAGGUUUCGUGCUCGGUUCUCGCAGGCUGGAGGAGAAGGUGAAGAGCAGCGGAUUGUUCCAACGAACCACUGAGAGCGGCUUCGCUCAACACGCCGCCGGAAGGAUUCUGCGGGGUUGAUGGGGGAAAACGCCAACCGGACGGCUGCUCUCUCACACCCCCAACAGCUGUGCUGAGCCUCCUCUGGGAGACAUAUUGAUGGUCAAGGAAACGCCGUCACGCCUCUGCCGCCAUGACCGCCCCGUACAGCCCGCCGCCGUGGCUCUCGGCCAACUCUUCGGCGGUUUCGUCAAACGGGAGCUGCGAGAUGGACGAGGAGGCGCUGCGCCUCCCCCUGGCCGUCUUCUACUCCCUCUUCUUCGUCUUCGGGCUUGUGGGUAACCUCUUCGCGCUCUGGGUUUUCCUCUUCCUGCACUCCAGCCGCAACUCGGUGCGCGUGCUGCUGAUCAACUGCGCGGCGGCGGACCUGGUGCUGCUGGCCUGCCUGCCCUUCCGGGUGUGGUACCACCUGGCGGGGAACCGCUGGGCGCUGGGCGCCGUGGCCUGCCGGCUGGUGGGGAACCUGUUCUACAUGAACAUGUACGUCAGCAUCCUGCUGCUGGGCCUGGUGGGCCUGGACCGCUACCUGCGGCUGCAGGGGCGGGGCCGGGCGCGGCGCUGCUGCGGCCCCCGGCUGCGGGGGCGGCGCCGGCCGUGGAGCUGGGCGGCGUGCGGCGCCAUGUGGGGCCUGUCGCUGGUGGGCCUGGUGCCCAUGAUCGCCGGCGCCGAGGACUCGGAGGACGCCGGCCGCUGCUUCCAGUUCAAGAAGAGGCUGGGGGCCACGGGCAAGGCGUACUUCAACGCCGCGCUGGUGCUCUUCUUCUGGCUGGUCUUCGUGGUGCUGGUGGUCUCCUACGCCCGGAUCGCCCUGCAGCUGCUGCGGGUGUCCCGGGACAAGCCCGACCUGCCCAACGCCCACAAGUACCAGCGCACCGCCAAGAAGUCCUUCUUCGUGCUCUUCCUGUUCGCCGUCUGCUUCGGGCCCUACCACGCCUUCCGGCCCGUCUACAUCCACGCCCAGAUCAGCCCGGGGGUGGCGUGCCGCACCCUGCGGCUGGCGGACCGCACCAACGAGGUCAUGCUGCUGUUCUCCGCCUUCAACAGCUGCCUGGACCCCGUCAUGUACUUCCUGCUGUCCGGCUCCGUGCGCAAAGCCGCCGUGCAGGCGCUGGGCCACCGGCUGGGCGGCCGGCUGCCCUUCCUGACCGACGCCACCUCCAACAGCUCCACCGUGGAGUUCCGGCGCUCGUCCGUCCCCGCGGCCCUGCCCGAGCCCGGCCUCACGCCCAGGACCAGCAUCUGCGCCCUCAACGCCACGCUGCGGCGGGCGGACGCCGCGCCGCGGCAGCCCAAGUGAGUCCAGCCGCGUCCGGACGGGACGAGGCGUGUAAAUAUGGACCAGACGCCGCAUUUCUGUCGGAGAGAGAGAGGUGGCGAGCGCACGGCGCUCUUUCUCGCUGGACAAACGGCAGGAAUCAAAUCCCGUGAGGACGGAUGUGAUGUCGGAGUGGCGUUGGCGCCUGUGCCUGACCGCGUGCGGUGGAUCAAAGGCCUGCUUCCCGACGGCUCCAUCUGGCCCGCGACUGCCCGUCACCUGUGCGGGCCGGCUAAUCCCCGCCCCCCCGCGGCGUCUAAUCUCCCCGCAGAGCUGCUGAGGAAUUCGCCGGGAGGCCGGACUGAGGAUUCAGACGCUUUCCUUCACGGCGCGGCGACGCUCUCACCUUCACGUCGCGGUGAAUCACGUUGUUGUCGUGGCAGUACCGCAGCGCCUCCAGGAUCUGCCUCAUGUAGUGGCUGCAGGACAGGAGACGGUUUGUUUCUCAGCUGGAUUCGUCCCGAACGCCUGCGGCUCCGGACCGGUUCCUACCUGGCCACGGCCUCGCUGUACACGAACCCGGCGUCCGCUCGCUUCACGAUCUCGAAGCACAGGUCCGCCCCGUCCAU